CCGGGGGUCGGGUUUUACACAUUCCGCGCGCACACGAAAGCCGCAGUCCCGCAGCACACUGCACGUCGAGAAACAACAAAGACAUCCAUCCACAUGAUAGUUCUAUAUUCCACGGUGUGCGUGUUUUAUACGAGGGCGCGUGUGUGAAUCAUCAUGCGAACGCGAGCAAACAGCCGUCCACUGGGAGUUGCUUAUCGUCGGGCGCCGACGAGAAAGUCCGAAGUAGUAAUGGUCAGGCUAUUGCACUGCGCGAGACGACGAUGAGGUAACAUUCCGACUGCAGAAAGGAGUGCGGAUACACUUUUUGGGGAGAGAAGCUGGCCGAGAAGAUACUCGCCCGCUGUCAUGACAUGCAAACGACGAUGUCUUUCACGCGGAAGCAUGGAAACAAGAACAACAAAGUCGACUACAAGGCUCGGCUCGAGCACAAACUGUACCUGGCCAGGAUGAGCCCAUCUCCGGUUUACGACAUUUCUGAAUGCAAUCUGGAUAAUGUGCCAUCAAGUACAUACAUAUUGUGCAAAGUUUUUAGGAAAGAAACGUUGCUGAUGCAAUGUAACAGGCUGAGAUCUAUCUCAGGUGGAGGUGCCUUAAAAAAUCUAUCCCUAAUCACCGUCUUGGACCUGCAUUCCAAUGAAUUAAACACUUUGCCUUCCGAUAUAGUCCACCUGAUAUCGCUAAAGGAGUUGUAUUUACAAGAAAAUAGUAUACAAAAACUGCCAAAUGAAAUAGUACAUUUGAAAAGUCUUUCUAUUCUCGAUGCAUCAAAAAAUAAACUCAAAUGUCUACCAGAGGCAAUGGAAGAGUUGAAGAAUCUCGACUCUCUCGAUAUCAGCCACAACAAAUCUCUGCAAAAGCUGCCAAAAUCAUUGGGGCACGCACAGCAAAUAAAAAAUUUAGGAAUAGACGGGUUAAAGCUUUCCUAUCCUCCAGAGGACGUACAGAGUGGUGGAACUAUUGUGAUUAUAGCUUUUUUAGCAAACGAAUGCGGUAUAGAUUAUUCUCCUGAAGAUUGUAUUCCAGAGACUGACAUCCCCAAUGACGCAACUUCACGGGAUGUACAUGCACUAACUCACAAUAAGGACAAUGACGUUCAGGCCACAUUAAUGAAGUUAGAGAAACUAAAGGAACAACGACAAACUGCUUUAUUAGAGGUAGAAGAAAACAUCAAACAACAACAAGAACAAGAGUUACAAAUGCAAAAUAAGCUGAAAAUAAAUAAACAGAAACUUCUUAAGGAUUUGGCACAUCAACAAAUUCAAUUGGAAAAAGAAAUUGAGAAGGUGCAGCAGAAAAGAGAUAUUAACAGAUCGCGUUUGCUGUCUUAUAUCUAUAAUGCUGAGAAAGAAGCAGAUGGGGUGAUUGAAGAAUUUCUUCAUACAAGUGAAAAAGAACGCCAAACUCAGGCUGAACUUCUUGAUAUUGAGAAAAGAGAAGAAAUGGAGAUACUUUCUCAAAGUUACUCUGAGCAAUCCUUGCAUCGUACUAAAGAUACUCUUUUGGCAAUGAAAGAACUACUCGAGGAAGAACUUCUCAAAGAAAAAAUGCUCGCAGAGUAUGCAGCAUUUAGAGAUUGUAAUGCUCAAUCUUUAUUAAGCUUAGAAGUUAAAAGUAAUGAUCAACUUUUACAAGUAAUGCAAGAUCAAGAGAAAAGCAGGCAAGAUCUAGUGACUAGAUUAAGACAAGAUGAGCAACUUCAAAAAGCAGUUGUGGCAGCUUUAUUAGAACGUAGCGAUGCUAGAUCUUGGAGCAUUGUUCAACAAGUUAACUUAGUACAGUCACAACUGGCAGCAUUGACAAAUAUAGAGUUGGAAAGGAAAAAACUAGAAAUUAACCAACAAAUUAAUGACAUAGCAGAUAGAAGAGUUACACUAAGCGCAAUAUUGGUAAGUCUAUUGGAACAGCAAGAAGAAAGAAGGCAACAAUUACUAGAAACUGUGCAAAAUAUUGAACAAAGACGAAAUAUUUCUGAUUCAAGUAGACACGACAGUUUGUUCUGGUUACUCCAAUAUCAGAAUUUAAUAGAUACUCGUCCACAGGGACUUUUGGAAACUUUGGAUUCAGCUCUAGUACGUCAUGUUGCAAUGGCAGGAGCACUGCAUUGUCUACCAUUUUUAUGGACUCUUCCAUCAUUGCUUCCUGACUUAGAUGAAGAUCAAUUGAAAUCUAUUGGUAUUAAGAAUGAAAGUGAUAGAGCGGCAAUAAUGGUGGCAGUGGAGAAUUAUUUAGCUGAUAAGAAAUUAAAUUCGUACGAAUACUGUUCUCCAUCUGCUCCACCAGAAGAAGAGCCUUGUACUAGUUCCUCGGAGCCAGAAUAUAUAUUUCAUCCAAGUGCACCCACAGAAUGUGUUGUUUGCAUGGACCUUGAUUGCGAGGUCAUUUUUUUGCCUUGUGGACAUUUAUGCUGCUGUACAAAAUGUACAGAGAUGAUUUCAGUUGAAUGUCCGAUGUGCCGAACUUCCAUAGAACGCAAAAUUAGGGUUACAAGGCAAUAAAGUCAGUUCUAACUUUUAGAAACUACUUAUUGACACAAGUAUGCUAAGACAUUAAUUAUUGUGAUUUUUGUACAGUAUAUAUUAAGCUUCAAUAUUUGAAACAUUUUAAAAGUUCUUCUACCAUUCAAAGUUAUGCAUGUGAGACUUUUCUUAGUUUUUUAAAAGAAAAACUGAUAUUGUUAUGAAAUAAUUAGAUUAUGUAUUGCUCAAAAUAAAUUACAUGGUUCUUUAAAUAA